GUCGAACCAUUGCUGGGACCAUGGUCUUUUCACGUGGUACUCGUGCCAAAACGAAAUGGUUCGGUCCGGGUAUGUAUCGACUACCGGAAAUUGAACGCUAUCACUACCAAAGAUGUGUACCCCUUGCCGCGAAUCGACGACUUGUUAGAUGCUAUCGGGGCCGCUCGAGUCUUUUCCAAGUUCGAUAUCCGACACGGUUUUCACCACGUCGCAGUCCGACCGGAGGACCGACCCAAAACCACUUUUGUCCUAUUUGAGGGCACGUGGCAAUGGGUCCGGUGUCCCAUGGGAAUUUGUAACGCCCCUGCAAAGUUUCAGCGGGAAUAUGGCCUUCGCUGAGUUCGUUAACAAAACCCGACUAACCCAGCCCCUGAUCAAUUUUUGCAUGAUUGUGUACAUGGAUGAUAUUUUGGUCUUUUCAAAAACACACGAGUACCACGUGGAACACAUUGAAAGGGUUUUGCAUGCACUAAAAGAUGCGGGGUUCAAAGUGGCCUUGGAGAAAAGCGAGUUGUUCUUGUCGGAGAUCUCAUUCUUGGGGUACACGAUCGAUGGACUAAAACCGGAUCCGAGGAAGGUGGCAGCAGUUCAAGACGCUCCGGCGCCGGUCACCCUCACCCAGGUUUGGGCUUUUCUAGGGCUGGCAUCCUAUUAUCGAUGCUUCAUCAAGGGGUUCGCUGGUAUAGCGAAGCCCCUCACGAACUUGCUGAAGAAAGAGGAACUGCUGAUCUGGACGCCGGAAUGCGAAGCAGCGUUUCAGGGGUUGAAGGAGGCUCUGACAUCUGCUCCUGUGUUGGCGCGCCCCGACCCAACAAGACCGUUCGCACUGUACACCGACUGGCAGCCUCAGGCGAUAUCGGCGGUGCUGACUCAGCACGGAAAGGACGGAAGGGAGCACAUCAUUGAGUAUGCGUCCAAGACGCUGAGCCAGGCGCAGGCUAAUUACGAAGCGUGCAAAGGUGAAUGCCUGGCGGUGGUGUGGGGGAUCCAACAUUUCAGACCGUAUCUUUACGGCCAAAAAUUCGUGCUGGUAACGGAUCAUCAGCCGCUGCUGUCCCUACGCAACAACACGGACUACACGGGGACGCUGGGCAGGUGGGCGGUGUGUCUACAAGAUUAUGACUUCAACAUCCGCCACCGUGCCACGCGGCAGCAUGGUAACGCCGAUGGAUUAACGCGCCUUCUGCCGCCCAACAAGUAUCCCGCCAACGAGCGACUCAUUCCGUGGAGGCCAGAAGUCGCGGGAACGAAACCGCACUACGGGGAGCUACGCGUGCUGCGCGACAGAUUUGCGCCAAGUGCCCGCCGGGCAGAAGCCUGGACGGACCUCCUAUUGCUACGGAGACUAUCAGGCGACUCGCUAUCAGAACUUACCACAGCCGAACGGCGGAGAGUCACAGAGCGAUCGCAGGACUAUGGCUGGCAGGGCCCGACGUUACAAAAACGGAAGGUCGAAGACGAUGGAGAGUCUAGCUGGUUGACGGUUCCGUACCCUCUUGCUAGGUUCGAUUGGACACGAGCCGCUCAUGAGGAGGAUGCGGUCCAUUUCGCUGUCAAGUACACGGAAAAAGCCAUCGAAAAGAACGGAUGGUACUGGUCGGGAAUUCGGGAAGAUGUGAAAUACAUCGUUCAGAAUUGCCCGGCCUGCGCGGCGGACAAGGCGCCGGUACAGAUGCCUCGGACGAUGGUGCCCACUCGUGUAGAGCUCCCCUUUCAGAGGGUUAGCAUCGAUACGACGGAUAUCAACGUUCCGAGAGGGCCUGUCGAUCAGGGAGAACUCAGUGUUCUUUUAGUGGCCGUCGAUCAUUUUUCAAAAUGGAUCGAGGCGUACCCUAUGACCAGCCGGAAUUCGCAGGAAGUAGCCUGGUACAUAAAUCAAUUUUUGUGCAUGCAUCUAGACGUAGAAGAGGUACACAUGGACAAUGGGUUGGAAUUUCAAGGCGAAGUAGAACGUAACGUAGUCAGGGCGGACGUUAAGAUUAUCUACUCGUCGGGGCAUUGGCCUCAAGCCAACGGCCUGGUAGAGAAUGCCAACCGACUGAUUAAGACGGCCCUUAAACGGAAUAUCACUGCGGGAGACACCCGACCCUGGCCGGUCAUUAUUGACCACAUUUUGGCCGUUUAUCGGGCUACUCCACACGGUAGUACUGGGGUGUCCCCCUUUCAACUGAGAACCAAUAGUGUCCCUCGAGUGCACUUGUCCCCCUUAGUAGGUACGGAAGUUAGAGCAACACGGGCCCAGAAUCGAGACAAGGCCCGCCACUACAUGGACUUAAUAGCUAGGGCCUAUCCCCCGUUAGCUCGCCGUCGGCAGCAGGCCGUAGAUCGGACACAUCAGCGGCAGAUCCGUGACUACGAGAAUCGACACGCGUCGGCGGGACCACUGCCCCGCUAUAAAGUUGGGGACUUGGUGCAGGUACGGAAAUCUGCACGCUCCUCCAAGAUCCACCCGUGCUAUACAGGCAUUUACGAGGUCACGGAAGUUAGCGCACAGGGGCAGCACUUCGUGAAGCUGAUUCCCCGCCACAACUCCCAGGCCCGACCGCGGACACGGCACGCGGCCGCGCUCCGACCUUUCCAGCCAUCGCUAGGGAGCAGGAUGAACCAUCGCCAGUCGGAGCAUGAGCCCCUCGAGCAUUUCCUGACGCCGCCUGCAGAUCGCCUGUUGCGGCAUCGGUUCAAUGAGAAAAGGCAGUUGCGGUACGACAUUCAACAGGUGAACGUGCCGGCGCCCGGGGUUGCGGAUUUGGCAGCGUACUCAUUGCUUUGCGAUCGUCUGACGUAUGCGCGGGUGUACGUGGACGUGACGCAGUUGCCUGGCCGGGAGACGACCCGAGUAUUCAUUGAGUUCCGCGCGCUCCCGGUGGCACCCAAUUUCGUGCACAGCGUCGCCACCUUCAUCGGAGACUUGACGAUCCUACCGCAGCCGAAUCGGGAGCCGGCGCACAGCUUUGUGCGCGAAUACGCGGUGGAAGCGGCCAGAUCAGUGGCCACGUUGCAAGGACGGGGGGGACACCAACUCACAGCCCACGAGGUGCUGCUGCGUAGGGCAGAGGACGGACCGAUUGCGUUGCUCACGGAGGGCCCUUAUCCCAUGCGCGAGUUCUCGGAGUACUUGGUGGAGCUAACUGACGUGGAGCCGCUGCCCUUCGCCGACGAAGACGUGUGGGAGUUGCACCGUGCGCUGUACAAGUCGGUGGCGCUGGGGAUGUUCUGGUUCUUCGUGGAUCACGAAGACCACUGCGUCGGAGAGCACUUCGUCGUCUACUACGUCAUCACGCGGCCCAAGCCAGCGGAGAAGGAAGGGACGGUCGCACUGUACCCAUUCGCCCAGCUCCAGACGAUCGAUCCGGGAUUGUUGGAGCUCAUACAUCUUGAGCUCCUCUCCAUUGCGCAGGUGAUCGCGAGCGAGGAGGAGGAGAUCCAACCGCGAUUGCGGACGGCGACGGCCCCACGGAGAACGUACAACGCGGUCGUCAUCCCAGAUUACAUUGCGCAGCGCGCGGAGAGAUUGGAGGACUUCCCGGAGGAAAGGCCGUUGCGGCCUCCCUCGUCGUAUCCCCGACCGGCGCCACGAAAGGCCCCCAAGAAGACGCCGAAGAGGAAGAGACGCCACCCAUCGCCAGGGGCGCAAAGCAGCAGGAUCGGCGGCGGCGAGGAGGUGAUUCAGUCCGCACGUCCACGGAAUCCGGACCCCGUGCCUGGGAGUGCGGCGACGCUUGUUAAGGAGGCUGUCGUGCCAUCGCCGCCCGUUCCGCGUGUGCCCGAUCUCAACCUUGAUGGAGCCGGGCCAUCAUCAGCAGCAGCAGCCGGAGGAGGAAGCCGAAUGGGAUUUACCGGAUCCCAUAUCCAGACCCCCCGUCCUCGCGGGACCUCUCCGUUCCCGCCAGCCACCCCGGGGUGCCCCGGUCAUUGACAUUAGUAGUUCAUCCGAGCCGGACGGUCCAUCCGACCGAGGUGGACUUCAUGGUGGAACCCGCCACCAUCAGGCUCGAGGCCAUCGCGGGGGUGCCGCGCCCUGAUCCGACGUGGGAACCAUAUCUGACACCCCCUUUUCAAGGGUUUAUUGCGGCGCGAUUGGCUGGGACGCUCCGUCCCAACGCGAUGUACCACUUCUUGGUCUUCGCAGCGCAGAAGCGGGAGCGGCGGCCUUACACCGAGA